AACAGCAGCAGGACUUAGGCCUACUUGUCCAAAUGUAUACCAAUUCAACUUGAUAAUUUUCCUUACAGUCAUGUGACCACAUCUUUGUGAAAUAAAUAGACAUCCGCACAGUGUCAAAAACCAGUGACUACCAAUCCACAAAGGAAUGAAGGGCCCUUUGGUUUUUGCCACUUUAAUUGUGGCUGUGCUCUGUGCACAAGAACGUUUUGAUGGGCAUCAAGUUCUUCGCAUAACUGCAAGAGAUGAAGGUGAAAUAAAUCUUUUGGAGGAACUUUCUCAAAUCGAAGAACUUGAGCUGGACUUCUGGACAGAGCCAGUUCAUUCAACUCUUCCUGUGGAUGUCCGUGUUCCUUCCCAGAGUCUUGAGAUGGUCAAGAUGUAUCUGGACUCCCAUAGUAUUCAUUACUCAGUAAUGAUGGAGAAUGUUCAGGAUGUCCUGGAUGAAGAGCAACAAGGGAUGUUUGGCGCUCGUCAGCACCAGCUUAGGAGCACAGACGACUAUGAUUAUACCAACUACCACACAAUCGAUGAGAUAUACAGUUUCAUGGACAUGCUGGUGGCUGAAAACCCUUCCCUCGUGAGCAAAAUUGUAAUUGGUCAGAGCUACGAGGGCCGUCCUCUUAAUGUGCUGAAGUUCAGCACAGGCGGAUCCAAUCGUCCUGCCAUCUGGAUCGAUACCGGAAUUCAUUCCCGUGAGUGGGUCACUCAGGCCAGUGGGACUUGGUUUGCAAAGAAGAUUGUGCAAGAUUAUGGGCAUGACCAGGCUGUCACUGCAAUCCUUGACAACAUGGACAUCUUUCUGGAGAUCGUCACUAAUCCUGAUGGCUAUCAUUACACACACGUCUCUAAUCGCAUGUGGCGCAAGACAAGAAAGCCUAACCCUGGCUCCUCUUGUGUUGGAGUGGACCCAAACAGAAACUGGGAUGCCGGCUUUGGAGGUUCUGGUGCCAGUGGAAAUCCUUGUUCCGAGACCUUCCGAGGCCCAAGCGCUCAUUCGGAGUCUGAGGUGAAAUCAAUUGUGGACUUUGUGAAGGCCCACGGAAACGUGAAGGCUUUUGUAUCCAUUCACGCUUACUCCCAAAUGCUUCUGUACCCCUACGGCUACACCAGGACCCCUGCUAAAGACCAAGCUGAACUGCAUUCCCUGGCACAAAAAGCCAUUACUGACCUGGCCUCUCUGUAUGGCACACGCUACAGAUAUGGCAGCAUCAUCAACACCAUCUAUCAAGCCAGUGGAAGUACCGUUGACUGGACCUAUAACCAGGGCAUCAAGUAUUCCUACACAUUCGAGCUGAGGGAUACAGGUCGCUAUGGUUUCAUCUUGCCAGCCAAUCAGAUCCUUCCAACCGCACAGGAGACAUGGCUUGCUCUGAUGGCCAUCAUGGAGCAUACCAAAGCAAAUGCCAUUUAAAGAAGAAACAAACACUGGAAAAUUGAAUUAGCUAAAUUAAAGAAAAUGUGCAACAAA